AUGUCUUGGGAAGAAUGCAAAGAACAAAUCUCUAACAAUCCCGUGGCAAGAUAUAAAAAGUUUACAGAUAAAGAAGAAGCACAACUUUUCAUGAAAAGUUGCGAGUUAAAAACUAUAUUCAAGAACAGAUUUCUUGCUUGUUCAACCAGAAUAAUCGUUGAAGUAACAACUAUUUCUAACAAUUCAAAAGUCGGUAUCGGAAUCAACUUUGAAAAUAUUGAUGUAGUUGUUUCGGAGAGAGAAAAUUGUAGCAAAUUGGUUCGAGAUCUGGCAUUGGAAGGUGCGGAGAAAGAGUUUGUUGAGCGUAUGGAAGUUGAUGUUGAAACAAAUAGCAGUAGCUGGCCUCCAGCUCGCAUGACCUUGAGGCGCCCUCGCAUCAAGGCUUAG